AUGAAAGACGCCCAGGGGCGUCAAGUCUAUCUGUCUUACAAACCCGGCGCUCUCUUCUACGAUGCCCAGACUCAGUAUAACUCGACCUUGGGCCAAUGGGAACUGGAAAUCAACACAUUCGGUGCCGGAUACGUCCUUCGUUUCCUAUCUCUGGUCGAUUCUGAUGACUUCGCCAAUCUCGAUGGUGUCACUUAUGAUGCCUUGAGGGACUGGGUAUACCAAGGUUGGCAGAUGUAUGAAGACUCCCUCCACACUACCUGGUCCGAUUUCACCCGGUUCAACGAAGUGCGCAAGACGUAUCCGGGGUUGUCGUAUAACCAGAGCACUGAAGUGCUGGGUGACUGGUAUCGCCUUUUCCUGGUCACGGGAGCAUCAGACUGCUCCAACAAUGAUCUGCAGCCUAACGGUCCCUUUCCACAACGACCUCUUGCUUUAUUGAUUGACUGGGUUGAGAAUGGCGUGACUUCAGUCACUUUGAAUGGAACUGUUCUCUCGGGCGACUAUGAAGGCGAGGUCCAGCAGAUCUGUGCAUAG